GGGAGGUUCAUGCCUUGACUCUGUGCGUUCUACAUUUGGUGCAGGCAGGCGCCGCUCCAGGAUCGGCCAUUGUUUAGCCUCGUUGACUUUUGUCGAUGUUGUGGGAAGCCUCGUCGCGAUACGGAGUCAGGCCGGAGCUUCUGCCGACGGUGACGUUGGACCGCUGCAUACUACCACAGUUUUUCUCUUCGCUCACAUACCGGGGUCAAAGGGGUGAAGACGACUUUCUUAGGCCGAGUGUGCGGCCUGCCACCGUACAAAGUCCCCAGGAAUGCCCGCCACGGAUAUGCACGCAUCUGCAUCGGAGGACAACGCUGAUAUCAACCCCACUCGAUUCGCUGGCGAUCCGAGGCCUUUAGCAAGUCAAACAUCAUAUGUUUACGACGGAACAAGAUAUUCGUGUAUUGAGCAGUGCACAACACGAAAGACGCGCUGCGGAAACUUGAUCAAAAUCCAUUGCAACCAUGAUCGCCAAAUCUCUAAGCUCGGCGUACGCCAACCUUCAUACCAAUGCAGAGCGUAUGAAUGAUACCCUGCAGCACUCUUGUCAAUGGGGUAGUACCGAGGAUGGAGGAAUGAACCGACUUUCUGGCAACGACGACGACAAGAAGGUCCGAGACUGGUUUAUCGCCGAAACGGCAAAAUAUGGAUGCAGCCACAAGAUCGAUGUAAUGGGCAACAUCUUCGCCAUUCGUCCGGGGCAAAAUAACGACCUCGCCCCCAUCGGUCUGGGAUCACAUCUCGACACACAGCCUACCGGUGGAAAGUACGACGGCAUUUUGGGAGUUUGUUGUGCCAUCGAGACGCUCAAAGUGAUUCACGAGAACAACAUCACCACCUACGCUCCGCUGGCUGUGAUAAACUGGACCGACGAGGAAGGAGCGCGAUUCAAGCCCGCCAUGUUGGGUUCUGGCGUCUGGGGAGGCGUGUACAGCACCGAAUAUGCUCAUAAUCAAGCCGAUCUGGACGGCGUCACUAUGAAGCGGGAGCUCGAACGUAUUGGGUAUGUGGGCGAUGUCCCUUGCUCGUACGAAGCCAACCCUUUACUAGCACACUUCGAAGUCCAUAUCGAACAAGGCCCGAUCCUGGACGAAGCAGAGAAGCCGGUAGGACUCGUCAAGUCAGUGCAAUCCAUGAGAUGGUAUCAACUCGAUCUCAUAGGUCGCUCCGGUCACACCGGCGCUACUCCUAUGGACCGGAGAAGUGACACUCUUUUGGCUGCUGCAAAGAUGAUCGUGGCUGUCAAUGAAGUGGUGUCCAUUCCGGAUCUCGCUGCUAAGGGAGCACGUGGCACGAUUGCAGUCAUCACUUCACAACCACAGAGCACCAACACUAUCGCAGGCGAAGUGAGCAUGAAUCUGGACUUACGGUCUCCAGAAGACUCAGGGGUCGAUGAGAUUGAAAGACUGUGCAGGGAGAGAUUCGAAAAGAUCUCCAAUGAAUCCGGGGUCGCCCUGGACAUGAAGGCCUUCUGGGAAUCUCCCGCAACGUAUUUCAACGAGCCUAUGAAAGACUGCAUACGAGCUGCGGCGAAACAAUAUGAAUGCUCCCACGAAAUCGUCAGUGGAGCAGGGCAUGAUAGCGUAUAUACGGCCAAGAAGGUCCCUACAGCCAUGAUUUUCGCCCGGUGCAAAGACGGUGUCAGUCAUAAUCCCGCAGAGUACAGCCGUCCAGAAGACUGUGCGGCAGCCGCAGAGGUCAUGCUUGGAGCAUACCUGCAGUACGACGAGAUAAUUCGACGAAAACAUGAGACAGCUUGAGGCCGCGAAUGUGUAGUCAGGAACGCAUUUCCCCGAGACCAGGGUGCAUAUGCGAGACGGAUGGCAUAAGAGGCAUAAGUGGAAUACCGGCGCAACGACCUCCGUGAGCACUAAGCAGAGACCAUAAAGGGCUCCUCGUGUCUAUGUCGCUUUCUGGUCACGAUAAGUAAUUUGACCAGAAAUCAACCACCUCAUGAUGGUGUCUUGGUGACACCAGAUUUCCAG